UCAUCUGUCUUAAUUUUGGCUAUUUACUUUUCCCGUCCGAGUUGCGGGGAUUAAAUGCGACUUCACGUAAUUGCGCGCGCGUGUGUGUCGUUAUGUUGGUACAAGCAGUUUUAAAUCACGGUACUCCACCGACAGAGCCGAGAAAUAUAAUGCUUCCCUUAUACUGUACUUGGAUAUUUGUUUUUCUCGGUUUGCAUGUAGAUGGCAGGAGUUCAGGAACUUCAGGAAGAUUUCUAAUGGGGUGUUCGCGCGUUCGCGUUCGUGUAUGUUGAUAUUUCUUAAUGAGACGUAUAAGUAAUAGAUGUAUGUUCAUAAUCUAUUUGCAAUUUAUUAACAGCUAAUGGGUUAGCUUGCCGGGCUGGAAAUGGGUGGAGAGUUGGAGCAACAUAGCAUAUCGUAGUUGAGUACUAAGUUAUUCCUAAAGAGAAAUCUGUAUAUAACAUUUACUAUUGCAGACAGUACCAAUGGUGCCGAUAGAUACACCCCCAAAAGUUCAUGCACUUAAUUUAAUUUUAGGAGUAUUUCAUGCAUUGUUUGUAAGAAUGCCUAUGAUGUAGCGCCAUUUCCUAUUUUAUAACGGAAACCUAAAUGAAUUUUUUUCCCUGUCCAUCAUGUUGAUGUUUUACAGUCAAUAAAAAUGUUAACAAAAAUCUCACAAGGCUACAGUGUGGUUAUUGCCGUUCGGAAGAAUUAAAAAGUACCAUAUAAACUUGCCUCCAGUGGCAUAACAUUUAUGCCAAAUUUGUUGAAAAUAUGUUGUUUGGUUCAGAUGUUGAAAGGGGGGCAAACAAAUAAAUAGGGGUUGGUGAUAUCAUCGCCAUCAUCAUCCCGUCUUGUUCUCAAGGAAGGAAAUAUAAUAAGAAAAUGGAUGACAAUGGAGAAAGUCAGGCUCUCCUUAUGAAAGAGUUUGUGUCAGAAAAUGAACCAUAUAGAAUUGAUGGUGGAUCUAGUUCAGAAGAAGAAUCCUGCAGCCAGUCAGAUGGAUGGUGGGGUGGAACUGGCUCGAGUUGCAGUUCCUCAUCAUGUGCUGCCUCAGACUCUGGCAGUGGAUCAGAGUUAGACUGGGAAUUGGCAGUAGAUCCUCGAGGAGAGCUGUUUUACAUAGAGUCCACUCCACUUGAGAAACCAGAACAUGGUUCUGCAGAGCCAACAGAAAAGGCAGAUACUGCGAAGUACCUAGGGUCACUUCAUCAGAAUAGGCAUACUGCAAAAGGCAAGCUUGUACGUCUUAUACAGAGAAGAAGAAACAGCAAACGGAGGUUCAAUAAGGCUAUUCCAACAGGAAUAGAAGGUCAGCCAGUGCAGGCUCCAUGUGAGAUGUCUAAUAUCCGAACAGCUACCAUCAAUAAAGUUACAUUCCAGGAUUGGCAGGAGGGUGAGGCUCGUGAAGUGAGCGUUUCAGUUGAUCCACAAGAUUGUCACAAUCUUGGCCGCCGUGCAACCUUGUGUGAGACUCUCCUUGGACUAGUUAUCAGUACAUUUGCCGAUGAGACACGUAUUAUGGUUGCUGGAUUCAUUCCCAAUGGUCAAGCCAUUAAACAUCGCAGUAUAAAAGUUGGUGAUUGGUUACGAAGUGUGGAUGGACAUGAAGUUACAUUUCAAAACAUUGACUCAGUUCUUACAAACAUCACCACUCCCUGUAAGGUACAGUUGAAAUUGCAGCGAAUUGCAGGUUGUGAUAUUACAGAGCAGUUGUCACUUGGAAGCCCAUCUAAGGGAGUUCAGCAGUCAGAUUUGGUGAAACAGUUGUUAGGAACCACAGGCGAAGAUGAACUUAGCUGUGUACUGAGGGAGCUCCCAGUUGGAGUGUUGUACCUCAACCAGGAAGGCCUCACUGAAGGAGGUCCUGAGAACCAGGGCGUUGUGUAUUGCUAUCCACCUCCUCUUCAGAAGAACACACUAGGUUCUGUACGAGGAGCCUUCCUCACUUUACAGCAUCUGCUUCCUGAUUUGGCACCAUCUCCACCAGUGAGUUCAACUGUUCUGCUGCAUGGUCAGUUAACCCAUGUGGUGUACACAGCUCAAGGAAAGGAACUUAUGCUGCUUGCAGUGCCAGAUAACAGGUGUUCCUUGUAUGAAGCUGUGCAGGUAACAGCUGAUUUGGUGUGUUGUUUACAAUUCAACUACCAGACCCUGUCACAUGCUUUCACAAACCAAGACUAUCGCCCUGCACUGGAUCAUUUCUUUUCACUGUUCUUCGCUCGGCUGCUGAGUAGUGGUUUGUGGCCGAGUGCCCAGCAGUCCGUGUUUUUACAAGAUAUUUCCACUAAGGCAUCUCAUCCAGCUCCAGCUCAGUUUGAAGAUCUCCUGCCUGCUGCCCAUUGGGUUCCUUUGCCACAUGAAGCACAGGUGCAACUUGAUGAAGUACUGAGUGAACUGGAAUCAAAUGAUUUUGGUGAUAUGAGUGAAGAUAACACCAGUUGUCAAAGACUGUACACUGUCAUUGGCACAUGUAUAUACCAUAAGGGAUAUCUACUGGCUUCUCAUUUAGCCAGGGCAGACCUUGUGGAUGUACACACAUUCUGUCGUCAGCAGGGUCUCUUGCAUUUGGGACGUUCCGAACCUGUACGUUCUUUGGUUUUAUGGCGAGAGGUGUUUCCUGCCUCAUGUAAUAGAGGGUUAGCUGAACCAGUGGUGUCCUACACACCCACUUCCACCUCACCAUACCAACCACCACAGGGAAGAUGGUUCCUUUUGAUUGUUGGGAAGGGACAAGAAAUGUUGGUGGUUCUCUUGGAGUCAGGAGGAUGCACAGUUAGGUUGGAGGGACCCAUUGGACCAGAUGUAUGUUAUGUUGAACAGGCUCAAGAUACAUUGGUAUAUAUUCAGAAGUUGGGUAUUCCAGCUAUAGCUGCCAAAUGGUUAGCAUCGGGUCCACGUCCACAGGUGAUAUCUCCUGAGUUGGUUCCCGUGCGCAGAACUUCGCCCAGACGAACUGACAAUCUUCUUGGAUUUGUUCGGUCUGCUGAUACAUCAACUCCAUCUAAACAUACAUCACUAGCGAGUGGUAGUGCCUUAUCUCUCACUUCUCCAUAUAGCAAGAAACCAGUGGAAGUUACUUCAAUACUUAAACGUCGGAAUAGUCCUGACAGAGGAACUGUUUACACAGCUUCAGGUUUCUCAGUACAAGGCUCAACUUCAGAGGAUUCAGCCAGUCAAGCAGCCAGUGUAGUGAGUGAAGUGAGUGAUGAGGCUGCUCCUAUACUAGGUCGACGAGCAGAGAGAGAACGGGGCAGUCACCGUGGUAGUGAUACAAGUGCUACACCCAGCCGCCUUACUGACUCACAUUCAGAACACUCUGAUGAUUCAGAUUCUGACUGGGAGCUGCAGAGGAGUCAGAAUCACCAGUGGAACCAGAAUAGUCAGUUUGACUUGUCUGACAUGUCACAAUCUUUGCUUAGUGAUGUCAGUGAUAUAUUACCUUCAAAAUUAACUGCUGGUGAUAGUAAUACCCUGUUUCAUUAUGUGCAUCUGGACUUCACUGAAGGAAUUUUGCUAUGUCCACCUAUUAACAGAGAACAGGUGCAGUCGGAGAGGUUGCAAGAGAUUCUCCAUCACUUCAGGCGCAGCUGUCAAGUAAUACAUGUUGUAUUGCGUAAUGCUGUUCGCUUCAAGAAACUUAUGGGCCAAGAAAUAUCAAAGUCUUUAAUUAACAAGUCCUUAAUUGCAAUUAAGGAGCAUGGAGUCCUUUUUGAGUGUACACCAAAUGAUGGAGAGUGUACCAAAAAGUCUGGACCAUUUACAUACUGGGUAGUUGGACGACUCUUCUUUACCCCUCACCCAAGGGAGGUUUAUGUGUGCUACCAUGACUCUGCUCCACAAAAUAUGGUUGAAAUUGCUUUUAGACUUGGUCUCAGUGCUUCAGGUUAACUGAGAACCAAAUGAGAAGUGGAAUCUUAGACGGUAACGCUGUAAGGAACGCCAUUUUGUGCAACCAGCAGCAGAAUAUAUAUUAAUUACAAGGGGACAGGAACAUCACGGAUUAACUGCAUAUAAUCAAAACUGGGUGAAACAAAUUAGGUGGAGACUUGACCCAUAAUGUCAUAAUGUGCAAUUUGGAAUACAAUGACCAGAAUGUCUCCUGGAAGAAGCUGCUAGAAACUUACUGCUUUGAGGAUAAAAUAAAUAAUUAAAUAUCCUGAUUUGUAGCCAUGGUCAAGAAGAGUAUGUCUGUGGUGAAGAGAACGCAGUAACUAAUAAUACUCAAGGUUCUCACUGCCCUGAAAAUUCAGAUUAUGGAUUAUGAUUGGAUUAUGACACCAUGUAGGUGGUUACAAACAUUUUGGAUGAAUCUGCUGCUUCUAUCAUCAGGGUAAGAAAUUACUCUGAAAUGUUGGUAAGAACCUACCAGACUGCAGGAUGUCAUUUCCCAUAAGGCCACACUCUAAAUAAUGACUAAUGAUUAUAUAGUAUAUGAGAGAAAGUUAAAAAUUAAAGGUAAUUUGCAUUCACUUAAAUAAUUGUGUAGGCAACACUAAAAAAGGUGGCAGAUGUAAACCUUCACUGAUUUGCACCUGAUUAGUUUUCAGUGUCUCUUGACUGAUGGCUGUUCCAUUGAUAGAACACACCAGAGAAGGACAGUCAUCAGCGAUCCAAUGUUUGUGAUCGGAGGGUUUAAAAACUACAGUAAUGUAUGGAAGUAUGACAAUUUAUGUGAGCCAGAGAAAAGUUUACAAAUAGCUCAGAAGAUUGGAUAGAGAGCAGACAAGAGUUGAUAAUGUGUGUUCCAAGAGCUAUAGACUGUGAUAGUUCUGUUGAAAUUAAUAAGUGAACAAGUUAGCAUAUCUGGAAAAAAAGUGAGGAAUCCCCACUGAUGAAACUGUAUCCGAAAUGAGUUUCAGCCAUGGAGAAAAGUGGUGCAAGAAUAGCUUAAGUUUAAACUACAAAAGUUUUAUUCUGAUGGAACCAAGAAAGUUGUGGAUCGCUGGACCAGAUGCAUUGAAUACUAUGACCAUUACUUGGAAACAAGCCAUGUCUGAGACUAGUGUGUUGUUAUGUUGUCACAAUUGUAAUGAAAUUCCCCCCUCCCACCUUUAUACUUACCUUACUGGAAAUGCUUCUGUGGUGGAGGAAUAUAAAUCUUGAUCAGUGCUCUCCCUGCUUAAUGUACACAAUAAUUGAAAGUAAGCAGUGCCAUUUAAUACAUGAAUUAGUUUGCCUUA